CAAGUGUUGCCACUUGCUAUGAUGCUCUUAAGUAUGUGGUGCCAAAUGUUAAACAACUGUCAAAGAGGAAAAUUUCAAAGGUUUGGUUCAGUGUGUUAUAGAAAUUGAUAUUCAUUUAUCUGGUCAGAAUAAGAAGGCUUUUACUAAGUGUUACUUAGAUCAAAUACAAAAAGGAUAUUUUGUACCUUGAUAGUUAGUGCUUGGGCCAACUCUGGUCUAAAGUUAAUUAUCUCAUUAGUUAUGAUAUUUUAAUCUAUAUUAUUCAUACUUAGUUCUUUUUUUUCAGGCUCUGAUAUUACAAGAAUCUGAAAAGCACAUCAAGGAUCUAGAAGAGGCUAUUGGAUAUAUAUUGAAUGUUGAGUGUAAGUAGCAUCAAUUUAUUGAUCAGGUAUCCUACUGCAGAUGUGUGAUGAGAGGGUUAUUUGGUGGUGGCACAAUUUUACCCUGCUCACUGCACCAAAUACUGUACCCAUGUGGUGAGUGAUAGCUGACAGUUUUAAAUAUAUUUAGUUUAUAGACUCAAGAAAUACAGGUCCUGGGAAUUUUAAUUUUUUAUUUGACUGUUGCAUAAAAAGGAGUUGUUGAAGAAAAACCAGAAGAAAAAUUACCAAGAAAAAGGAUAUGAAGAAAAACUUUGAAGAAAAAAGAUCCGAAGAAAAACUACGAAGAAGAAAACUUGAAGAAUUUUGACAAUAUUUGAAAAUAUACAAAUAGUACAGGUUAACAAUGUCCUGAAUAACAUUGAAUUACACAGCUAACAAUAAACAGGUUAAGUAACUCUGCAAUUAAAGAUUAUGACAAAUAUAUUUAACUAACAAGACAGAUGCAUGAUGACCAUAUGAUACUUGUUAUACAAAUGGUAAUUGAAAUUAUUCUCUAAAUAAUGAGUAAUUAUUGUGGCAGAAAUCAUGUGGCAGGGUUUAACUUGUAGCACAUUUACUAUCUUAUAUUCAGUGUGAGAUGUGAGGGCUAACAUACAGAUCUAAAAAUUACUAUUGUGUAUUACUAUUACUGUCAUCCAUAGUAUGAUGUCUAUGUAAGAUGCACAUUUAGCCCGACAGUUACUACAAUGUUAUUAAUUAUAACAACAGCACAUUGCAGUUGGUCUAACAAUAUUAAUACAGCUGUUAAUAUUAUCUUAGCAUAUGUACCAUUUCCUAUGUGAGAAUUUAGCAUGUAGCAGGACAGUUACUACAAAUAUUUAAAGUAAAUAUCGCUGGUUAGAUCUUCUAUAUUUUGAGGGCCCACGAUCAAUGAAUUGAUCAUUUUAGAUACUUUUGCAUCAUUGCUUAUGUGUAACCAGAACAACAUAAUGGUUAGUAUUAUGGUCAUGCAUAUACUGAUCUCUAAUUCAUUGUAAGAAUUCAGCUAUGGUUGUAUAUUCAAUCAUCACAAUAACAUGGUUUCGAGUCAAACUGACAGAGCUAACACGUGAGUAAAACACUGCCCAAUAUAAUUAAUGAACAGAAAUCUUCCAUUACUAACACCUAACAAUUGCAUUCUUUGAAGAUAAAAAUAUAACGGGAUAUUUGCUUAUACUUAAAAAGCGUCCAAAUGGUGACCCCAAACAAUGUUGAAAUUGGGAAUGCGAUUCAAACAUUGAGUGAUCAACCAUUUGCACAAUCCAUUGAGUGAUCAACCAUUUGCACAAUCCCUGUAAAAAGAGCCACCUGAACAUAGGAGAAAGCAAAUACAUCAAUGGCAGAUCUAACCAUAUGUUCUGGCAGACUCACUGGGGGAAGUUUUAGGAAAAUUGAAAAUAUUUAGAGACUCCAACCUGAAUAAAAGUAAAUAACCCAGACCAAAACAAUGAAUAUUUAUAUGGGUCCUUUUAUGUUUAGUCUCGACUAUCUAAGAUACACUUGUAUAUUUAUUAAAAAUAAAUGGUCUUUAAGAUGUAGUAAAUAGAAGGUGUUGGACCCCUGUGGAUAAAUGUGAAAACUCUCUAAAUUCCCCUUAAUAUUACAAUAUCCUCUAAAGAUGUAGAGUUUCAAAUAUAAUAAGAUAUAGAGAAUAAAAUCCCCUUUUCGGAAAGAUAUUAUUUAUAGCAUGAUACCCUAAGGUUCCCAAUAAAUAAAUUAUUGAGCUUAAACAAAAAUCUCAAAUUGUGAUUCCCCAUCUAAGUCUGGUCUAAUGGUGAAUAGAUGCAGUUCGAGAAAUAUUAUGGUAGCCCAACCCUAGGUUGAAUUCCAUGACGGUGUAACUUGGUUUGUGGCACAGACCCACACAUGGCCACAUCACUCUUAUUUUUCUUGUAUAAUUAUUGUUAAGUGUGAAAAAAAGUGAAGUUAGCUUACUUCCCCUUUACAGAAAUAGGGAAGGUAUUCUUUGAAAUGAACAUUUUCAAAAGGGACCACAGAACAUACCUCAUUAGAUUACUCAUUUUCAAUAACAUUUAUAUUAUUCUCAUGACUUAUCCAAAAAAUUAUCUCUAAUAAUUUUAAAUGACAAAAUGAUGUGUAUCAUGAAUUGUAAUGAUGCAUGCAUGCAUCAUGUUUUUAAAUUGAUAAAAAGUCAAAAUUUUAGUUCCAUUUCCCACAAGUUUUUUUUUUGAAAAUGACUUUUGAAAAAUAAUUAAUUUUAUUUAAAUACUAUAAGCAUUCCUCCUUUAAGCCAGAUUGAAAGUAAAAGUUGCCCAGACCUCUGAUAUGGCACAGAGAAAGCUAAACAAGCAUAUCUGCCUUAUUCAGCAAACAAUUUUAAAAAUUGAAUUUUUAAAUAAAUUGUUAUAUCAAUAUGAAAAGGGUGUAUAAAUGAAGACCAGUCAUGAGCCAGUAGCUAAUAUAUAUUAGAGAAAUUAUAUUCAGAUUAUUCCAGAGUUUUAAGGUCACCUGAACUAGAAACUAAAUAUAAGUUGUGAUGAUUUUUUUCUGUCUAGCGAUGGCUCUUCAGCAUAGAGUUGUGAUGUGGGAGAAACCAAACAUGCCCCUAUAACUCCCACCCUAAUCCCAUCCUUUGGGUCCUCAUCUCACGCUUUACAAAUAAGCCGGAAUGAAUAAGGAGGCUUGUGAUACCAUGCUUGCUGCUUGCCUCUGCCAGAAAGAAUGUGAUACAAGUUAUGGGCCUUAAGAAGCUUAAGAUCAGUACCACUAAAUCAUACUAGCCAAGUUAUUGCUAUCUGCUGUAUAACCUUCAAAAGAGAGGAUGAACCUUUUAGUAACCAAGAGCUAAUGUGUACCUUGUUAUGCCUGUAGUUAUACAAAUCUGAAAAUGUUACAUAAAUUGUUUGAAUAUUUUACACAUUUGAAAGAAUUCCAUGUGGCAACUAUUUUUACUAAAAAUUAAGUGCAUGCUCCAUUUUUUAUUUUACUUUAUGUUUCACAGGCCCAAAUAAAGGUAAAGAAGUAUUGUGGAAGAAUGAAGCUCAUUGGUCAC